AGUGAGCUGCUCAAGUGGACCUGAUAGCUUCAUUCUGCGCCCUUACUUGUUGAGCCUCAGCCAAGGCGAGCCAUGCCCCCCAAGCGCGGCAAGACCGGUCCGCGCGGUGACGCCUGGGCCGCAGACGCCUGGGCUGCAGACGCCUGGGCUGCAGACGCCUGGGCCGCAGACGCCUGGGCUGCCGACAAUGGAUGGGGAUCCAAUGGAUGGGCAUCUGGCUGGGCAUCUGGUCGGUCAACAAAGUAUUCUACCGCCCCGUCAAGCGCUUCAGUGAAGCCGGCGGAGGAGCUGAAGCUGAUGGCGGCGAAAGCCAAGGACAUCUACGAGGAGUUGCCCCGAACUGGCAAGAAACUUUGGAAGGUCCUAGGGACGUGCAUCCAGAACACCCUGUCCGCGGGGGUGAUUCAUUUUGAACGCGACCUUCGCGUGGAGUUGGAUACAGCCGUUGGCGAACAUACAUUGCAGCGGCAAAGCGGGUCCCAGUGGAUCUUGAGCAUGGGGAGCAGCAAAUACUACAUCUCCGUCCGGGCCGAGGUGCUGGGGAACCCGGACUUGCUGUCAGAGCUGAAGCGUACCACCCGGGCGGUGAAAGCCACGUUGUUGAACAACGGGGCGGAAUGGCUCCACGACUUGGUCGACAACCCGCACUUGAAGAGCUCCUUUCUGCAGAGCGCUCACAACUACCAGGAUGAGGACCAGGGCAAAGGCGGCCGAAGAAGCGCUGGCGAGGUGGAGGGGGAACUCUGCGAGAUUUGCAGCAAGCCCUGGGGCCAGGACCGGGUGGGGGGGAAACACAUGUGCCGCAUCGUGGUGAGCUUCCAUUGCUGCGCCUCCAAAUGGACCAGCAUGGCUGCGCGCUACAAUCACGAGGAAGCCCGAGUCAUGGGCCAAAAGUGCAAGAAGUGCGGAAACUACGGCAAGCCCAGCGACAAGUGGCAAUUGGCGGACAAUGUCAUGCCCGGCGAAGGCACCAAGCCGCACCGCAGCGAGCUCUGCGAGACAUGCGAGAAGUACGGCAAUUGCCGGGGCGCUUUCUCGGAUCCCUUCGUGGUGGCCAGCGCGCUGGAGAUGUACUGCGGCUGGCCGGCGCGCUGGCAGAAGCACGGCGCGGCCGCGGUCUGGACGGCCAAGGUGGAGGACGCCAUUGUGGUGCUGCAGCCGCACGUGCACGUGGCGGAGUAUUGGUGACCAUGGGUGUGUCUCUUGGGG